UGCCGAGUGCCGCUGACGAGUGCCGCUGACCUGGCUUUCUCUGCAGCAGCCUCCUGCAGCAAGCACCUCGGCCUCCUCGCUCGCUGGGACCCUGCGUCCCUUUCCUAAGUCGGCAACAUGAGCGGCAGCAACUUGGAUGGGAACGACGAGUUCGAUGAGCAGUUGCGAAUGCAGGAAUUGUACGGCGACGCCAAGGACGCUGACACCGCGAAAGAACCCGCUGGGGAAGCCGAUUCUUUCGGGCAGCAGCCGGCUGACACCCCGUACGAGUGGGACCUGGACAAGAAGGCUUGGUUCCCCAAGAUCACUGAAGAUUUCAUUGCUACGUAUCAGGCCAACUAUGGCUUUUCUAACGAUGGGGCGUCCAGCUCGACCACAAGUGCACAAGAAGAGGCCAGUGCCAAGCCGGCAGAGGAACCUCAAAGAAAAACCCCUGAACCCAGUGAUCCCAAAAAGAGAGGAGAAAAGAGAAAGGCUGAAUCAGGAUGGUUUCACGUUGAGGAAGACAGAAACACAAACGUUUAUGUGUCUGGUUUGCCUCCGGACAUUACAGUGGAUGAAUUUAUACAGCUCAUGUCCAAGUUCGGCAUUAUCAUGAGAGAUCCUCAGACAGAAGAAUUUAAGGUCAAGCUUUACAAAGAUAACCAAGGAAAUCUUAAAGGGGAUGGUCUUUGCUGUUACUUGAAGAGGGAAUCCGUGGAUCUCGCGUUAAAACUUUUGGAUGAAGACGAAAUCCGAGGCUACAAGUUACAUGUUGAAGUGGCAAAGUUUCAGCUGAAGGGGGAAUAUGAUGCCUCCAAGAAGAAGAAGAAGUGCAAAGACUACAAGAAAAAGCUGUCUCUGCAGCAAAAGCAGCUGGACUGGAGACCCGAGAGAAGAGCCGGCCCGUCCCGGAUGCGCCAUGAACGGGUUGUGAUCAUCAAGAACAUGUUUCAUCCCAUGGAUUUUGAGGAUGAUCCGCUGGUGUUGAAUGAGAUCAGAGAAGACCUUCGAGUAGAGUGUUCAAAGUUUGGGCAGAUUAGGAAGCUCCUUCUCUUUGAUAGACACCCAGAUGGUGUGGCCUCUGUGUCCUUUCGAGAUCCAGAGGAGGCUGAUCAUUGUAUUCAGACUCUUGAUGGGAGAUGGUUUGGUGGCCGUCAAAUCACUGCCCAAGCUUGGGAUGGGACUACCGAUUACCAGGUGGAAGAGACCACAAGAGAAAGAGAGGAAAGGCUAAGGGGAUGGGAGGCUUUCCUCAAUGCUCCUGAGGCCAGCAGAGGCCUUCAGCGUUCAAAUUCCAUCUGUGCUUCGGAAAGGGCGGGGCCUUCUAGAGUAAGGCAUUUUUCGGAGCACCCUAGCACCUCGAAGAUGAGCACGCAAGAGGCCACCACUGAAAUGGCAUUCGAAGGGCCUGUAGAUGAAAAGAAGUUUGAAAAAACCGAAGAUGGGGGAGAAUUUGAAGGAGAUGCUUCUGAGAAAGGUGCCAAAGAAUGUGGCCCCGAAAAAGAGGCCGAAGGCUACCCCCAGAAAGAAUCCGAAGAAAGCUGCCUCAAAACCGGGUCUGAAGAAGGCUGCCCCAAGAGAGAGCGUGAAGAAGACUACCCCGAAAGAGAGUCUGGAGAAGGCAGUGCCGAAAAGGAGUUUGAAGAGGGUAGUCCUGAAACAGAGUCUAAAGAGAACAGCCCUGAACGGGAACCCAAAAAGAAGAGGCUCAAAAAUGAUCACGAAGAGAAUGCCCUGGAGAAGGAGUCCGAUCAGGAUAGCUCCAGCAAGGAGUGUGAAGAGGAGGAGAACCUCCAAAAGGAGUCUGAAGAAGAGGACUCAGAAAGGGAGUCUGAAGAAGAGUACUCUGAAAAGCAAUUCGAAGCUGGCUCCGAAAGAGAAUUUGAAGAGAACGGCGUUGAGAAGGAUUUCGAAGAGGAUGACAGCUCUGACAAGGAAUUUGGUGAAAACAUCCUUGAUAGGGAGUUUGAAGAUAAUGACUCUGACAAAUCGGAAUUUGGAGACAGCAGCUCCGAAAGAGUGUUUGAUGAGGAAGUCUCUGAGAGAGAGUUUGACGAAGAGUCUGAUGAGAAGGAAGAAGGGGAAGACACCUACGAGAAGGUCUUUGACGACGAGUCCGACGAAAAAGAGGACGAGGAAUAUGCUGACGAAAGGGGCUUCGAUGAUGCCGACGAGAAGAUGUUUGACGAUUCAGAUGACAAAGAAGAUGAGGAGGCUGUCGAGAUAAAGGAAGAUGAAGACGUGGAUGAAAAGAUGUUCGAAGGGGAGGAUUCCAACGGAAAGCCGUAUGAUGAUGAAGAUUCCAGCGAGAAGCUGUAUGAUGAUUCCGAUGAGAAAGGGAUGGUGAGGGGCGUGGGGAACGCAAAGGAAGAAGGGCCCUUGUCCACAGCCAGCAGCUAUGUCCUCAGUAGCGAUGACGAAGAUGACGAUGAUGAGGAGGACAACGACGUCGACGAUGAUGAUGACGACGCCGAUGACGACAUUUAAUCCCUUACACUUGCUUUGUAGGGAGCUUCCUCUGGCUCUGUUCUGCCCGUGCUCCAGGGCAAUUGCUAGUAGUGUUACAUGCACACAUGCCUCGUGGUAGGAUGCCAUCAGAGUAAUGCAGUGACGUUUUCAUUGUACCUGUACUUAAUGAAUUUAAAUCUGUGUUCAUUGGCUGUUCAGUUAAAACUUCGUAAUAUAAUGCAAGUAAGCUGGGUACUUUGUCCUUCGUCCGAUUUGUUAAUUGCAUGCAGAAUAAUAUUUUUUAAAGUAUUCUGAUUGAAGUUUGUGAUACUCAAAAAUAAAAAUAAGUUGUUAAUAUGCUGAAACUGAUAAGUGGACUUGGCGUUACAUUGCAUUUGAAAUUCUUGCAAUUGCUUAAUUCUUACUAAAGUGUGGUUUUUGUGAGGACUUGACAAAGCCCGUAGGAGUUGUCUUGCUUCCAGCUUACGUUAGAACUUAUGUCCCCACUUGUCCUCCCUAAACCAGAACGUGUUACUAAACUUACAAAGCAGAUUAACAGUCUGGAGUGUCCCCCCCGCCCCAGUCCUUGCAAGUUACUUUGAUAACUGUUUUCCUUUUCCACCCUGUUUCCCCGGAAAUUGACUCUUAGAUGUGCAAAAGUGAACUUACUGAGGCCCACAGCUUCUGUUAAUUGGAAAUAUGGAGGGGGUUGGAAUUCUGUGUACCGUUGGGGCCCCUUGAGAAGCUGAUUACAGUUAUGGGACCUUUCCCCAGAAAAAUGUAUGCACACACUACACAGCUCUUUUGUACGCACUUUUCAGAGGUUUAUGGAUCCCCUGGAGUUUAACAUUGACUUUUGUCACACAUACUUCAGCCUUUUGUUCUACGUCAUGGUGCCUAGUACUGUGUUCAGUUGUGGAGUCCCAAUAAAAAUUGGAGUCUUUUCUUCAUUGUGCUAUCCAGAUUCAGUAUUGGUGAAUUUACUUCUGAUGUAGUAGUAAGAAGUUAUUCUCGUGAAUUAGAAGCAUUAAAAUAAACUGCCUUGGUGCGUUUUCAUUA